CCCCGCUCCUCCCGUCACGGCCAGCUCUAAGAUGCCCCGCUAUGAACUGGCUUUGAUCGUGAAAGCCAUGCAGAGGUCCUUUAGAAAAGGAUCAAGAAGAAUGUGUUGAGGAGCAAGCUUCUUUUUCUGAUGCUGCAGUUAAAUGAAGACCAGAACUGGAGCGGUUCCUGAUACCCCAGACAAAAAAGUGCACUGUGUGUUCAUAACUCCUUUGAGUGACUGACUUGAACCUUGCACCUCAGAUUGGACUUUUAUGCUAGUGAUGAUUUAUAGAGUUGCCUCUGCGGCACCUGUGUUCUCCAAGGCCAGCAGAAGUGUUGAUGCAGCACCACUUUGGGGCAGCAGAGCACAUGUGGCAAACAGGUGUUGAGCCUGGCGAUCUGGGUAUAUUUCUUCCAUGCAAGUGAGUUGUCCAAUAGGUAAAAUGCUACCAGCAUGAGUUAACAUAACCCCUGCUUGAAGAAGGUGGAGAAGAAAUCUGUUGCUUCUAAGAAAGAACCUCAAAACUACUUUGAAGUCUAGGAACACAGUUAAGGUUGGUACAGUAGGCCUCACUAAACUUAGCUGCAACUAAGAAUUUCUCCUACAUCAACUGAGUUAAGGCUGAUGCUCUUGUGGAAUGUGGAUUAAAAGUGCGUGCUAAGUUCCAAAUUUCCAUUUGAGAAGCGGAGAAAGUAAAUAUACCACAACCACCAGCAUCAGGACAGCAAACCAAGGGACAAAGAAUUUGAUCCACAGUGUUGAUAUAUGUUAACUGGUUCACGUGUGGCUUAAAAGACGUUUGCUGGGGGGCGAGAAGUGGACGUCAGCUGUGCGAAGGCAUUUUGUUUACAAAAAUGAGGGCUUCUUUGGAAACAGCAGACAUUGCCAUUGUGGUGCUGUACUUCGUGCUUGUAAUGUGCAUAGGUUUUUUUGCCAUGUGGAAAUACAAUCGGAGCACCGUAAGUGGCUACUUUUUGGCAGGGCGUUCUAUGACCUGGGUAGCUAUUGGUGCAUCUUUAUUUGUGAGCAAUAUUGGAAGCGAACAUUUCAUUGGGCUCGCAGGAUCUGGAGCAGCAAGUGGAUUUGCAGUAGGUGCAUGGGAAUUCAACGCCUUAAUGCUUUUGCAGCUUUUAGGAUGGGUCUUCGUCCCAGUCUACAUCCGGUCGGGAGUAUACACCAUGCCUGAAUACUUGUCCAAGCGUUUUGGAGGGCAUAGAAUUCAAAUAUAUUUUGCAGCGUUGUCUCUAAUUCUUUAUAUCUUCACCAAACUCUCAGUUGACUUGUAUUCAGGGGCACUUUUUAUUCAAGAAUCGCUAGGUUGGAACCUCUAUUUGUCGGUUAUCCUCCUUAUUGGAAUGACUGCACUGUUGACUGUGACUGGAGGUCUUGUGGCUGUCAUCUACACAGACACGCUUCAAGCUCUGCUUAUGAUUAUUGGUGCCCUCACACUUAUGAUCAUAAGUAUUACGGAGGUUGGUGGGUUUGAAGAAGUUAAAAGAAGGUACAUGUUAGCGUCACCAAAUAUUACAUCUAUCUUGUUAACCUACAACAUUUCCAAUACCAAUUCCUGCAAUGUCGACCCAAAGCCUGAUGCUCUUAAAAUGUUGCGUGAGCCAACAGAUGAAGAUAUUCCCUGGCCUGGAUUUCUGUUGGGACAGACUCCGGCUUCUGUCUGGUACUGGUGUGCUGAUCAAGUCAUAGUUCAGAGAGUUUUAGCUGCAAAAAACAUUGCUCAUGCCAAAGGAUCCACUCUGAUGGCAGGCUUCUUAAAGUUGCUGCCGAUGUUUAUUAUAGUUGUCCCAGGGAUGAUUUCACGAAUACUGUUUGCAGAUGAUAUCGCCUGCAUUAAUCCAGAACACUGUUUUCAAGUCUGCGGGAGCAGAGCAGGAUGCUCUAACAUUGCCUACCCACGUUUGGUGAUGAAACUUGUGCCGGUUGGUCUGCGAGGACUGAUGAUGGCUGUGAUGAUUGCUGCACUGAUGAGUGACUUGGACUCUAUAUUCAACAGUGCCAGUACCAUAUUCACACUUGAUGUCUACAAGCUCAUUCGGAAGAGCGCGACGUCUAGAGAACUGAUGAUUGUAGGAAGAGUCUUUGUUGCGUUCAUGGUAGUUAUAAGCAUUGCCUGGGUCCCGAUAAUUGUAGAAAUGCAAGGUGGUCAGAUGUACCUUUAUAUCCAAGAGGUAGCGGACUACUUGACCCCACCAGUGGCUGCUCUGUUUCUUAUGGGUAUCUUUUGGAAGCGUUGCAAUGAGCAGGGGGCUUUCUAUGGCGGAAUGGCCGGGUUUGUUCUUGGAGCGGUACGGUUGAUACUGGCAUUUAUCUAUCGUGCUCCCGAGUGUAACCAGCCAGAUACUAGGCCAAGCUUUAUCAAAAACAUCCAUUACAUGUAUGUUGCGACAACUCUCUUCUGGAUCACUGGGAUUGUGACCUUUGUAGUAAGCCUCCUCACGCCUCCGCCUACGAAGGAGCAGGUUCGGACAACCACUUUCUGGGCUGUGAAAAACAGGAACGUAAAAGAGAGCGCUGCAAAGGGCGAGCUGUACAAAGUGCAGGAAAAGAGCAUCCUCAAGUGCAAUGAAAAUGCUAACCAUAUAAUUCCAAACGGCAAAUCGGAAGAAAAUAUUAAAAAUAUCAAGCCAGAGGAUAUCAAUCUUCUGGUUACUUGCAGAGAUGACAGCAACCCGGUGAUUUCUGUGAGUCACUCUGAAGUUGAGACACCAGUUGAUUGUUAUUCGAAUGGACAAGCAGCUUUGAUGGGGGAGAAAAAGCAUGAAGAAGAGACUGAUGAGAGAGAGAGAGAUUUGAAAUUCAUAGAUUGGUUCUGUGGCUUUAAAAGUAAAAACAUGAACAAGAGAGCUGUUCGGGAGAUGGAGGAGGAGACUGUUUGUUUACAAAUGCUGGAAGAGACUCCAAAAGUUAAACUAUUACUAAAUACUGGACUGGUCUGUGUCUGUUCGCUUGGAAUAUUCAUGUUUGUCUAUUUCUCUUUGUGAGUGAAUAGUAAACUUUUAAGGGUAUGGCUAAACAUACAGAAGUUGAUACAGGUCUCUAGAGUUUUUUUUGUUUGUUUGUUUUUAAUUUUUUUUUCUUUUCAAAUAACAUAACUGCAACCCAGGCAUUGUUUACGCUAUAAUUGUAAGAUCAGCUCAACUUUAGCUUAUUUAGAGACCAUUUGAGACAUGUUGUCCUAUCUCUGCUGAAAGCAGAACGUGUUGUAUCGUGUCUUUUUCCCCUUUUGUCCUUUUUCUUUUUUUCCUAUUUGCAGUACUAACCUUUUGUUUUUUCCAUGUAUACAUGUAUAAAUAUACCAAAGGCAGGCAGGUGGCUGUGUUUGAAGUCAGGCAGUUACAUAGCUCAGUCAGCAUUAAGAAGAACAUAACAACUUAGCAUUUGCUGAUGUGUAAAAUCUAAAUUAUUAAAGCUGUGUUGAAAGAUUUUUAAAUGUAGGGCUGCGAUGCACAUCACUGUGUAGUCAUUCUUUGUAACAUACCUAUAUUACCUUGGCCACCUUAGCACUCUUUAAUUUUGCUCACUGCUUUUAGGUUUUGUUAGGGUGCGGUUUUUUGGGGGGUGUUUUUUUUUUUUUUUUGGGGGGGGUGUUUAGUUUCUCAUUUCUCUUAUAGCAACAACAGGAAGAUAUUUUGUCUCAUCUUGUAGCACUUAAACCAUGAUAGCUGUUAGUAGCUUUCUGUCUUUUUUUCUCUGUAAGAAAAUGCUUGUCUUUUGAUUUUUAUCCACUGUAAAUGCCAUUACUGAAAAGUUGCUGUAUUUAAAAAAAAAAAAAAAAAAAAAAAAAGAAAAAACCAAAAAUCUUUGAGAUGACAAGCUGGCAAUGGAGGAGAGGAGGGAAAGGAAAAAAAGAAAUACUCUUCAGUUAGGUUUUGUAGUAUGUUGAAAUGGAAGAGUGUAUAUUCAGCCUCCUCAGUGUCCAAACCUUUAGUACAUAAUUAGGGUUAGCCUCUUUCUAGAGAAAAAAAUCUGUGUGUAGGUUCUACCACAUGAGGAAAAGAAGUGUGAGACUUAGCAUGUCUUCAGUUUGGUAAGCACACUGUAAAAUAACUUCUCUGCUGUGUAUGUUUAAAAGGGCAAUACUCUGUAUCCCUACCAUUGCUGCACACUGAGUCUGUAAGGGAAGAAAACCAAGUGGGAAGACAAGAGGCAGGGGAAUUGAGGGGAAGAGGUGGAAGUGGCCCUUAUUUUCCAGAGUCCUUUUGCCUCGUGUCUUCUUCCACUUCCUCUUUUUCCCUGUUGGACCUUUUUUAAGGAAUGACUCCUGAGGGAUUCUGUGUCAGGAGAUGAGGAGCAUGUGCGGUUGUAAUCUGUGUCAGCAAUUGAGGUCUGCCCUUAAGAUUCUUCAGGUAAAAGUGAAACUUUUCCCAGGUGAUCACAGAUGAUCGGUAGGUCUUGAGAUGCUGAGGUUCUUUUCUCCUGAAGGAUGGAUGCCCAAGGCAGGGACCAGUGGUUUCCAGGUGUGGAGGAUGUGUGUGCAGUGGGUUGGUGGAGCUCAGCAGACCGCAAGGUCCACUUCCCCCUUGUUAAAGCAAGAGAAUGUGUUUCCGUCCUGGGUGCGCUUGCCUUUACACUAAACCAAGUCAGGACCUGUUUUUGGGCGCAUAGGCCAAUUGACAGUGUGUGGCUGCACUUGUGGUAGUAAACUCCCUUACCCUCCAUGGCAGAAUAGUCAUAUCCAGGCUUCCUGUGAAAAUAAUUCCUCCAGUUGUCUUUGUUCCAGAGCUUGUCUGGGGAUUUGUGAGAGCAUGAACUGGCUAGGCCAGAAAUGGUCUGAGGGACCAUGCUGACAGUUCAACAGCGUUGGUUCAAGGGUCCAGCAAUGUUUCCUUGGCACAUAAGCAAGAACCAAUCCCUAUGGGUGAAAUAGUUCUGUAGUGAUGAAAUUUGGGUUAAUUCUGCCUUUGACUGCUGGAGAAAGUUUGCUUUCUAAGUACAGUGGUGCUGUAAGCUGCAGGCUGUCCAAAUAGCUUUUAGUAGUAUCAUGUAUAAUACAUAUUUUCAGAUAAAAUUAUUAACUUCCAUUUUUGGGGGGUUUUCUUUAGUGUGGUUUUUUUGUGGGUGUUUUGUUUGUUUGUUUGUUUUGGUGUUGAUUUUUAAAUCAACUGAAUCCCAUGCAUUCCAAGACUUUAAACAGAGGCUGAGAUGCCCUAUCUUUCUCCACUUUUAGUUGUUGUUGCUGGAAAGCAGACUAUUCUUAACUGGAAAUACUGGAAUAAGUGUAGGAAUGCAGUUGCAAUAUAUGUAGAAGAGGAGAGUUGCCAUACCUGAGUCUUGGUGUUAACAACAGCGUGAAGAGACACAUUUUCUUACGGUUUGCGUGGCUGGCUUCAUUCAGAAAAAGUAUUUUAAAUCCUUUUUAAUGGUAAAAUGGUAGUAUGUGAAAUGGGUAAUGGCAUCUCAAGUUGCUUCAUUAGUAGGCUGAGUUGGGAAGGAUAGUUACUGUAAGAAAGCUGUAAAACACAGUUGAUUUUUAUUUAUUUUAUUUUUACUUUUUCCUAUGCUGGAUAAAGUAACCUAGGGCAAAAUUUGAUCUUAGUGGGAUGAAAAAUAACAACUUUUGGAGGGUAUAGAUAAGUCUCAGUCCAACAGUAUCUUCUUGAAAAGGCUGGGAUCUUGCUAGUAUGCCUAAUUUGGCACAGGAAAAGAGACUCAUGUACCAGGCACUGUCCCUUAGUAACUUGGCAUGUCUUUCUAUUAGCAGCUGGUACUUGGAUUUUUCUAGACCAGUCCUUUCUGCUCUCAGUAUUAAAAAAUGCAUUGCCACCUAACCUGUGAAGCCAGGUUAGCUCAGGGACCCUUUUGCUUGGCUGCUGGUGCUUCAUCUGUGCUUGCUUUUUUCCCAGGGUGCCUUACAUGAUUAUGAAGCUGAAGGCAUGGCUUUUAUAGCCACCUGAAGAGUGGUUUGCUUAUAAUGGCUUUUCCCAGCUUGUUUUUCCUCCUCUCUUCCCCUGAAGUCAUCUCCUAUUUAAAGAGAAUGAUUAAUACACAGGAUGCCAGUAUCCUGUUCAGUGUAACUACAGUCAGAUCUAUGGUGAAGUUCUCCUUUGACUGUGGCAGGGAGUCAACAGUCCUUCACAAAUGUACGGUGCAACCUUUGACUGUCGAAUCUGAGAUACUCCAUCUUCCAGUUAAUGUAUUCUCAGUUUUGCUAAACUAACAAGUUGCUGCAUUAAUCACAGUGGCAAUUUGCAGUUAAUCAGGAUCUUAAUAAAGUAAUACUUUGCAUCCCCCCAUCUUCAGACCUAUUAUUGUGAAGAAGCUUUUAAGCAAAUUAUUUCUCCAGUGCUUUUUCAGUCAUUUAAAAAUGUUUCUAUGCUACUCUCUGCCUAAUGCCAGCCUCUUCAGUCUUGCUAUGUUUUCAUGUCUUAGAGGUUGUAGAACUUGUUGAUGUUUUUUGCUGAGUAUAACCACUUAAUAAAACACCUUUAUUAGAAAAAAACCCCCAUACAUAUAUAUAUUUCUAUAAAGAUAAGGUUUCAAGCAAACUGUCUGUUUGUGAGCGAGUACCUUGCCCUGUGUUAUGGACCUUAGUGUAAGAAGUUGCUUGAGGAUUUUUUUUAUAGCGUAAACAUGCCUUUGCUAAUCUUCUGAUCAUGAUCUACAUGGAAAAGAUGUUAAUCCAGGUUACUGUUUCGGUCUGAACACCAACUUUUUGGUCUAGUAAAACUACAAAGUGUCUCCCAUAAUGGACAAUCAGUUUCAUGAAUUUUAAUGCCUGGCCGCCUCCGUGGUGGGACUGGCUAGUCAUGCAGGGUUAGAUCCAGGAGGACACAUGCUUCUGUCUUGUAGCGACUGGUUUAUUUAUUGCCUUGAGUUUAGAAUGAUGUCUUGAAAAACUUAUUUUGGAAUGACACCUUUUUUGUUACUUCCGUUAACUUAUUUUUCUGUUAAGAUGUUUGAAUUUUCUCCCAGAAAUUUGUUAGAAGCCUUUUAUUUAAAAAAGAGGCUUCUGGAGAACUUCGGGAGACUGUUCUUAUUUAACUUUUUUUUUAAAUAACUGAUUUGAUGCUAUUCUCUGCCAAAGUUUAGGUUGGGUUUUUGUUGUUUUUUUUUUAAUGAUUUUUUUUUCUUUUUUCCUGUUAGCUUUUACUAAUACCUGAAAGGAAACAGUGAGAGAUUGUAAGAAAUUAAAAUGGCCUUCAGUAUACCGCUUGUGUAUUUUCUACUUCUCCACUUCUGUGUUCCCCUUUCCACCCUAAUCCCAGAAGGUCCAGCAUGAGACUUCUGAUGCAAGUCACAAGAGUGCUGUAACUGAGUAGUGGAAAGGAUUUCCCACAAGGUUACAGUGAAGUGGGCAGAGCCAUCAGAGGAUCUCUGCAUGAGCACUUAAAGCGGAAGAUGCUUACAACUUUAAAACGUACAGCUUUAUUUUUUUUAUAUAUAUAUUUUUUUAAAUCCUAAGAUAAAGGAGGUGUUGGGAGAUGCUCCCUUUC